AGUGUCAGUGUAGUAUUCUAACCUAAAAUAAAAACAAAACACGUUACUCUCUUCCGCACGAAGGAAUUUUUAAAUGUGUCCUAGCCAAAAAAUGAACCAAAUAGUUAUGGAAGAAUCACAAGAUUCAGAUAGUAGUGAUAGUAGUAUCAGCAUAAGCGAUUCAGAUGAAGAAGAUAAUGAGGUCAAUAUGGUAAGCGAUAGUGACGACAAUAAAGCAAAUAAAAGUACUGAAGAAAAUCCUGAAAGCGAGGAAGAGGAUGAAGUUAUCAAGGCUAUGAGACUGGCAUCUAAGAAGAAAAGUAAUCAUCCACCACCAAUCAAAAUGGAAGAAGAUAUUUCCACCCUAUCUUUUCACCCUCAUGAAGAAAUAAUAGCUAUAGCAGAUGUAUCUGGAGAUGUUCACCUUUAUAAAUAUUCACUUGAAACAAAUGCUUGCUUAAGUACUCUUGAACUUCACACAACAUCUUGCAGAGACGUUGACUUUAGUCAUGAUGGAAAUGUAAUGUUUUCUGUUGGUUCUGAUAAAUCCAUUAUGAUGAGUGACAUGGAGACACAAAAAUUAAUAAAAUUUUAUGAAGAUGCCCAUGAACAUCCCAUAAACUGCAUUUCUGUAGUAGGCGAGCAUCUUUAUAGUACAGGAGAUGAUGAGGGAAAUGUUAGAUUGUGGGAUCCAAGAGUUGAUACUCAAAUUUAUAAAGCUAGGAAGAAUGAGGACUAUAUAAGUGAGAUGAUAACAAAUGAGGAAGAACAAUAUUUAUUAUGUACUAGUGGAGAUGGGUCAUUGACAACUUUUGAUUUGAGAAAGAGAAAUUUCUUAAUGCAAUCAGAAGAAUACCAAGAAGACUUGACUUGUAUUGGAUUAUUUCGCCAUGAAACUAAAGUAUUAGUUGGAACAAAUAAAGGAAAGCUACUACUUUUCAACUGGAAUCAAUUUGGUCUUCAUAGUGAUAUUUUCCCUGGACCCAAAACUCCUAUAAACUCAUUGGUUCCUAUUACUGAAAAUAUUGUGGUAACAGCUUGUGAUGAUGGUGUUUUAAGAGCAACACAUUUGUUUCCUCACAGACAUCUUGGAAUUGUUGGCCAACAUGAAAAUAGCUCAGUUGAAAAAGUGGAUAUCUGUAAUAACGGAACAUUUGUAGCUUCAUUUAGCCCAGAAAAUGAUGUACGAUUUUGGAACAUAGAGUAUUUUGAAGAUUUUGAUAAAGUUGAUAGAAAACAUAAAAAGCAUAAUUCAAAAAAAGAAAUGAAAAAUAAUUUACCAUCCUCGAAGUAUGGAAAUGCAUCAGAUUUCUUCAGCGGACUAAUAGAAUGAAAAUACAUCAGUUUACAAAUAUUUUUUAUUUGGUUAAAAAAGUUAUGUAAUAUAUGGCAAUAAAAAAACUAUCACAGACAAA